AUGUGCAGGCACGGCACUGUCCAUGUUCAAGGACUGAGGGUCACCUGCAUCUCCCCAGCCCUCGCCUUCGCUGAAGAGUCCGUGAACUCCCUGAACUACGCGCAGAAGGCCAUGAACAUCCAAAAUACCCCUGUCCUCCAGCUGGAUGAGCAGCAGCGGGUGCUGCACGAGCUGCGCUCGGAGAACGCCCAGCUGCGGAAGGAGCUGGAGGGGUACAAGCAAGCCGCCACUUUGGGUCUUUCGAGCCCUCGCGAAGCAGCGGCUUCGGUCGCAGGCUCGGACAUCCUGGAGGCUUCCCCUGCCUCGGCCAUCACAUCCGACGCGGCGCUGUCGGCCUCCCGGGGCCGGAGUUUGCCCCCGGACUUCGCGCCACAGGCGGGGCGAAAGCGCCGAGAUUUCUCUCGGGUCUCCUCGGUUUUGGGUUGGACGGAACGGCUGGCAAAGACAGGUUUGGUGAUCUAG